AAUAGAAGAAGCUCAUGAUUUAAGUGCCAUGACUGUUAAGAUGCUGUAAGGGAAACUCCUUAUACAUGAAAUGGCCAUGAAAAAUGAUGAAAGUGAUGAUGAUUCUCGGAAGAAGAAAUCUGCAGCUUUCAAAAGCUCCUCCAAAGAUGAAUGUGACAGUGAUGAAGAGGAUGAUGAAGAAUUUGUAUUGCUUGCUCGAAAGUUUAAGAGAUUCCUAAGGAAAGACAUGUUGAAGAAUCAAGGACAACAAAAGAAAAACUACAAAAGCAAUACAGGAAAGGGAGAAAGCAAUAAAAAGGAUGAGAUUAUCUACUACAGAUUCAAGAAGGCUGGACAUAUUAAAUUUGAGUGUCCAAACAAUGAUGAAAAGAGUCUAAAAGCUAAAAAGAAAAAUAAGGCAAUGGUUGCCACAUGGAGCUGUAGUGAGGACUCAUCUUCUAGUAAAGAAGAAAGUGACAUGGAAGCUCAUAUUUGUCUCAUGACAAAUGAUGACACAGAUGAGGGAAGCUUCAAAGAAAAAUUGAAGAAAGAAAAAUGGCAUCUGGACAGUGGGUCUUCUAGACAUAUGACAGGAGACAAAUUGCAAUUCUUGAACCUUGAGGCAAUGAAAGGAGGAACAAUGACUUUUGGUGACAAUGCAAAAGGCCACAUUAAAGGUAUUAGCAAAGCAGGUGAAAUUCAAACAAGGAUUGGAGAGCUGCAUCUUGAAGAAAAUUCUAGAAAAGAAGAAGGCUCACAAGAACAGAAUGAUGCUCCUCGCCAAGACUUUCCAACAGUGGCGGAGACAGGGGGGUGCGAGGGGGGGCGCUCGCCCCCUUGAAAUUUGAAAAUCUUGCAAAUUAGUAUAUGAAAAAAUUAUUUAGCCUCCCCUGAACUUUGAAAAUUUUAGUAUUUUGCCCCCUCUGAAAAAAAUUUCUGCCUCCGCCCCUGCUUUCCAAAGACAUGGAAAUUCAAGAAAGAUCAUCCAAAAGAACAAAUCAUUGGUGACAUAGAAAAGGGGGUAACAACAAGAUCUCACUUUGAUUUUGUGAAUAACUUUUCAUUUAUUUC